AAUAUCUAGCUCAGCCAAUGGUUGUCUUUCACGCCCCACACACAUCUAUCCCAUCGAUAUCCUCAGAAUCUAUUGCUAAAUAAAAUAAAAUAAAAAAAUCAUCAUAUGCUACGUCGUAAAAUAUGGAUUUUAAAUAUACUCCAACAAUUAAAAAAUAAAAAAAAAGGGAGCAGAUUCAUUUUUUGUUGGAACAGAGCUCAACCACCAGUUCAGUUAUAGUUUCUACAAGAUCAUCUUCCUGAAGCAUCGGCCUCGUCCUCGUCGUCAUCGAUUUCAGGUGCCAUUUCCGUUUCAUUUCUUGCGUAAUUGUUUGUGUGUGUCUGUGUGUCCAGUCGACCGGAAAAAAAAAACCGCUUUGGAGGUGUUUCCGGCCAGGGAAUCAUAAAAUCAUUUCGAAUUUGAAUCUUAAAAUCAUUUGUGAACUUCUUUAAUUUCAGGACUCGGUUAUUGCUGUUAUGUUCUUCUGAAUUCAGACCCUUUUUUUUUAAAAAAAAGGCCACACUAAUCAUGGCUAUUGCCGCUGUUAUUGGUCUUAGUGCCGGUAAAAGACUCCUCAGUUCCACUUCUUUUUAUUCCGACCUCCCUGAUAAGCUAUCCUCCUCCGCCACCACCGCCUCCGCCUCCGCCGGCGGCGGCGGCGAUCAUCUUCUUCCCCAUCCAACUCCUUCUAAGAACCUAAUUAUUGCUGCUGCUCCUAAGAAGUCAUCAUCAUCAUCCCAAAGCUUUCUCUCUCGCCACCGCCGUGAUAUCCAAUCUCCCAAUGCUCUCAAACAAUGCCUCUUCGAAACUGUCGCCUCUGAUCCCUCCACUCAACGGCCCUCCAUCCAUGAAGAAGAUGAUGAUUCUCCGGUGGAAGCUCUUCUGCUUUUACAGAAGUCUAUGCUUGAGAAACAGUGGAAUCUUUCAGCUCGGAUUGCCAGAGGGACUGAUGUUUCCAAGCAGCAGCUUCAGGUUACUUCCUCUGGUGUGUCUGCUCGGCGACGGAGAAUGGACCGCCGGAAGCCAAUUCACAGUAGAAAGGCUUCCCUAAGGCAGCAUACUAUGAGCAGGGAAUUAAGACACGUGAUUAGUCCAGAGCUUCAUCAGAAUCGCUUCAAUGGUUAUGUGAAAGGCGUUGUCAGUGAAGAGCUUCUCACCCAUAAUCAAGUGGUAUUGCUUUCAAAAACUAUUAAAGAAGGUCUCAACUUAGAAGAGCACAAGGCAAGACUGAAAAAAAGACUAGGUUGUGAGCCCUCAGACGAGCAGCUUGCCUCAUCCUUGAAGACCAGUCGUGGAGAAUUACAAUCAAAAUAUAUUGAGUGCUCGUUGGCUAGAGAAAAGCUGGCGAUGAGUAAUGUCCGGCUUGUGAUGUCUAUUGCACAGAAGUAUGACAACAUGGGUGCUGAAAUGGGGGACCUUAUUCAGGGUGGCCUUAUUGGACUACUUCGAGGAAUUGAGAAGUAUGAUGCUUCCAAGGGAUUCAGAAUUUCUACUUACGUCUAUUGGUGGAUUCGCCAGGGUGUAUCAAGAGCUUUAGUUGACAGCUCAAAAACAUUGAGAUUGCCCCCUUACCUUCAUGAAAGAUUAAGUUUGAUCCGUAAUGCUAAGGUCAGGCUGGAAGAGAAGGGAAUAAAUCCAUCUACUGAUAGAAUUGCUGAAUACCUGAAUAUGUCUCAAAAGAAAGUCAGAAAUGCCACUGAGGCAAUCUGCAAAGUGAUCUCACUUGACAGGGAACCAUUUCCCUCAUUGAAUGGUCUACCUGGAGAGACAAUGCAUAGUUAUGUUGCAGAUGAUCAACCAGGGAAUAACCCGUGGCAUGGAUUUGAUGAAUGGGCACUAAAGGAUGAAGUGAACAAGCUGAUAAGUGCAACAUUGAGCGAACGGGAAAGAGAGAUCAUUUGUCUCUACUAUGGUUUGGACAAUGAAUGCCUAACAUGGGAAGAGAUUAGUAAACGGAUAGGUUUGUCCAGGGAGAGAGUGAGGCAGGUCGGACUUGUGGCGCUUGAGAAGUUAAAACAUGCUGCCAAGAAAAGAAGGCUAGAGGCGAUGCUAGUGAGCCAUUAUUCUUGACCUCCUUUUUCUCAGUAGAGAACAACGAAUUAGUGUAUAUAGAUGAUGUUACAGAAAAAAUUUUUACUGGUCCAAUGAUAGGAAAGCCCUUUCUUUUUGUACAAUUUAACAAUUUAAUACCAGAACUCCUGGUCCGGCGGAUGUAUUAUUACUGCUUCCUAGGGAUGAAAAUGUACUCUUAUGUAACAUGAUAAAGUAUCAGUUGGUUUAUAAGAUAGAAAAAAUGUCAUCAGAAAAGGUACCAAAGAUCGAUUUCCUCC